AUGUGGCGCCCAUUUCUCGGCCGCAGAAGCUAUGAAGACGCUGGGGGAAGCGAACUCGCUACUGCCACUCACGAAGCAUCCGUCCAUCAGCUCAAACGGCUUAUAUAUCUAUACAGGAAACGAUUCGAGUCAACGAACCUUACCAUGUUCAUCACCCCUGGACUUCUCACCCUCAUCAACGAAGUCUUUCGAAAUCCCGGCACAUCCGACGCUCAGUUUUACUUCAUAUUGGCGGCGCGUGGAUGCCUGUCGAUAGCAUCUUGGUGUAAGGGGCUCCGAGGUAUUACAGAAGGCCUGAUGACAAUAGGUUGGCAAAACGGAACCUUCAAACGUGAGGGAUGGACGGACAACAGCAUGAUUGAAGACAUCAGAGCUACAACACGGGCACUCAAUCAAGAGGGCACAUAUAGCAGCCUCUACCCAAUCAACCUCGAUUCAACGAGCGAGAGCAUGGACGACAUCGGCAUGGAGGCUUUGGCGGGUGAAUUCCAGAGACUGAGCUCACAAAAUGAGCCUACACGCGGGAAAGAAGUCGAGAUGACGAGUGAGCCUAACGUCUGGAAGGGAGAUCAGCGAGACUUGGACUUGACGUUGACUGAGGCGACGGAAGAGGAGAAAUACACUUAG